UACGACCAUUUACGGAUUUUGAAAUCAUUUGUAAGUUGUAAUUCGAAGGAAACUGAACUACACCUAACUGAGCUCAAUAUGAAAUAUUUAAUGACUUUAUGUCUUGUCUUGGCUGUUGCUGGUGUAUGCCUGGCCAGAACAGCAAAUGUGCAAAAAUUGAAUGAUGAAGUGGCUGGAAAAUCAGGAUCGACUGAUAAUAAGAGCACUGAAGAUAAAAAACCUGAAGAAAAGGUUGAAGCUAAGGAAGAAGCUAAACCAGAAUCUAAACCUGAUAUAAAGAAAGUUGAACUGAAAGAAGAUGUUAAAAGUGCUGAAGUGAAGGUUUUAAGCAAAACUAAGGACGCACAGAGUGGCGAAUCUAAAGUAGGUGUUAUUACACCUCCUGCCGGUGAUGAAUAAUUACAAGUUACACAGAAUUGAUUUAAAUA